AUGAUUGAGGGCGCGACGACCGAGAUUGCGGACGAUGGACGGUCUGGGAUGCAAGGGGACUUGCUGACCGAGAACGAGUACGAUGGCUCAAUCUCUACAAGUCUCGCUUAUUCAAGCGCGCGCGCACCCCUGUCCGCGCUGCCAGCGUCUGAUUCAGCGCUCGCUCGUAGAGCCCUAUCCAAGGGCGCCCCUCGUCUGAUAUCGGAUGUCUGGAUGGAAGAUUAA